AUGGCCCAAUUUCUGAGAGGCAAGCAAGCUGGUAUUCAGAAGGACUUGUCCGAGGGCUUGUCCCCGGACUUGUUUCAGCUCGACGACUUUGCGCGAUGCGGCAUCAACUCCCAGAUCAGCGCAGUCGCCUACGAUCCGGUUCAAUCUCUCCUCGCUGUCGGCACCAAUGAUACCUCGUUUGGGAGUGGCCAGAUCUAUGUCUUUGGACAACGGCGCGUGGCGGUCGUCUUUAACUUCCCGCGCAAGGCCUCCGCGAAGUUCCUCCAGUUUUGCGCGGACAAGCUCAUCAGUGUUGAUUCAAAGAAUGAGAUUUGCAUAUUCUCCCUUGAAUCAAACAGCCUGGUGACAUCCUAUGCGCCGCCGGGCCAACCCACUGCGCUCGCAACCGACCCUAGCCUGGAGUACGCCUUCAUUGGCUUGUCGAACGGUGAAACCAUUGCUUACGAUCUCGACCGACAGGGCUUGACGCCUUUCAAGAUCCCGAACCUGUGGUUGGAACGCAAUCCCCGAUCACGGCUGUGUCCGGUUAUUUCGCUAGCAUUUUCUACACGUGACAUUGGCAAAAUUCUCGUUGGAUAUCCGGAGGGAGCAGUCACAUUUUCAUUCAAGCAAAAUAUUGCUCAGAAGUUCUUUGUCUAUGAGGUUCCCGCUGGAGCCCGGGGCGGGGACCCCGAGUUGUCUUCUAUGGGAGUGCGCCGACCCAGGCUGACCAAUGCGAUCUGGCAUCCAAAUGGUAUCUUCGUGUUGACUGUCCAUGAAGACACAAGCCUUGUCCUCUGGGAUUCGAAAGACGGCCGCAGGCUUCAUGCCAGGACUAUUCAGGCCGCCAAUGUUGACCAGCCAGGCUCCUCGGGUCGACCUGGCUCGGCUGGCUCGGCUGGCUCGUCUACCGGGCCCAAGGAACCCAUCACGAAAGUUGCAUGGUGUGCCAAAGACAACCCGGAUGAUACUGGUCUUCUGGUAGCCGGCGGCAAAGCUGCAGGCGAUCCAAACAAAGGCCUCACUUUCCUGGAUAUGGGUCCGACUCCCAACUACUCCACCUCGUCUUGGCAGGUACUGUCGGGUUACUUUGAGAGACCUCGCCGUCACAUGAAUCUUCCGAUUCCGCCGGGUGCGCACGCCAUCAACUUUUGCCCUAUCCCUCGCUCCACUCCCUAUUUUGGAGGUGCUCAUGACCCAAUUGUCAUUAUCGUUGUGCUUUCGUCGGGGGAGUUGAUCACAAUGAGCUUCCCGAGUGGCCACGCAAUUACACCGACCAAUAUGAUCCACCCAUACCUAUCCUUCGUUCAUCCGUUUGUGAACAAGGCUACUCUUACGUCAGUUGAUCGCAGUGCCUGGUUAGGGCUGAAGGAGAGCCGAGCGCAUGGACCCAAAUUUGUGUUUGGAGGCGCAGAAGCGAAGAAUCCUCUCAAGCGCUUCGAGAACCGGAAUAUCCUUUCUACUGCUCAUGCCGAUGGAACAAUCCGGCUCUGGGAUGCUGGCCAUGACGACGAAAUUGAGAACGGCGAGGUGGUUCAGGUGGAUCUGGCUCGGGCUGUUGGCCGAGUUGGUAACGUGGAGGUGACCGAGAUGUCUCUUGCUAGCACAACAGGUGAGCUGUCUGUUGGCCUCCGCAGCGGUGAGGUGGUUGUUUUCCGAUGGGCCAACAAUGCCUCGUACGGCAACGAACAGUCCCCCGGUGCCAAUCAGGGUCCUGGAAAGUUGACCCCAAUCAGUAACCGGGCGGACCCUGGCCUGAAGACAGGUCUGCUUCCCUUGACCCUUCUUGAUAUGCAGCUCGGGCCGGUGACAGCUUUGAAGCAUAGCCAGGUUGGCUUUGUCGCUGCUGGUUUCGAAGGUGGUAGCUUAGUUAUUCUUGACUUGCGCGGCCCUGCAAUUAUUCACACAGCGCAUCUGUCCGAUUUUAUCAAGGCUCCGAAACGAAGCAGCUUCCGCAAGCCCCGUGGCUCAGAGGACAUUUCGGUGGAGUGGCCAACCAGCAUUGAAUUUGGGGUGAUGACUUUGGAAGGCGAUGACUACUCCAGCAUUUGCUGCUUUGUGGGCACAAACGGAGGCAACGUAGCAACUUUCAAGAUUCUCCCUGCAUCCAAUGGCACUUACUCGGCCGCUUUUGCUGGGUUCUCGCCGGUCGAAGACAAAAUCAUCCAGCUUAUUCCGAUUGAUGCGGACUCGGGCAGCCCGGCGCUUGCCACUCCCAAUGCCGUCGGUGGCUUGAGACACGGCGUGAAGACCAACGGUGUUGUUGUCGCAGUUACCCCCUCAAGCUGCCGCAUCUUCAAACCCCCGACCUCCAAGGGUGCUCAUAAGACCUGGGACGACUAUCUCUGCGAUGCAGCCGCUGUCGUGAAGGUUGAAGGACGCGGAUAUAGCUUGGUUGGCCUUUUCGGUGAUGGGAAUGCUCGCGCUUUCUCCAUUCCUGCUCUCCGGGAUAUUGGCUGCGCAAGUAUUAACCGCAUUGCCGAAAUGCGACGACUCUCGGAAGCAUGCAUUACACCCUCUGGUAACGUCAUGACAUGGGUUGGCCCUUCUGAGGUCGGACUGUUCAAUGUCUGGGGAUCUGGAAAUACAUUGAGCCCCUCGCAAGAUCGUCUCUAUGACCCCGAAAAAGUGAUUCCCGCGCGUCCUACUAUUUCUAACAUCCAGUGGAUCUCUGGCACUCAAUAUGUCUCGCCAGCAGAUAUGGACCUGCUGAUUGGAGGCCCAGACCGCCCACUUUCAAAGCGAAUGAUCGAACAGAUGAGGCUGGACGAGCAAGAGCGCCGCCAAGCACUUCGAGAAGGUCGUGCGCCCCCCUCAGAGCCCCAGGGUAACCAAGAGGGCUACCUCGCAUACAUGUCACGCCAAGUCCAGGAACGAACCGAGCGUCUCGGAAUUGUCGGUGACUCGAUGGACCGGUUAGAGGAGAACAGCAGCAAUUUUGUGAGCGACGUGGGAAAGUACGUACAGAGCCAGAAGAGGAAGGCUGUCUUUGGCGCGCUGGGGUCGAAAUUCGGGUUUUAG